AUGGCCACCAAGGAACAUUCUCUCUAUAAGUUAGUCCCAAAGGAAUAGGCAGAAGCAUUUGCAUGGUCAUUUGAAGGACCAAAUACUGAGGCUGUUCUGUAUCCAUUCUAAUUUCCAGCAAUCCAACCACACGAAGUGAGAAUUCAAUAGACCUACUUUGGUUUGUGUUACACUGAUUGCCAUCUUGUUAAUUAAGAUUGGUUUCCAAUCAAUUAUCCAAGUGUUCCAGGACAUGAGAUAUUAGGCCAUGUCGUCAUGAAAGGGGACUAGGUUACGCAAUUCUAAAUUGGUGACUUGGUUGGGGCAGGCUUCAUAAGAGACAGUUGUGGAAGCUGCAAAUAAUGUAUAUUGGGAAAUGAUUAACUAUGUGGACAAAAAGGGGAUGAACAUUUAAUCCCUCUCCCUAAAUUUGGAGGAUUCGCAACACAUGUGUAAUUCCCUGCUAAAUGGGCUUUUCCCAUUCCAAAUACAAUCCCUUAACAAUUGGCUCCUCCCCUUUUAUGUGCUGGUAUUACAGUCUUUGCUCCAUUAAAAAGAUAUUUCAAUGCCAAAAAGGAAGUUGCCAUCAUUGGCAUUGGAGGAUUGGGACAUCUCGCCAUCAAAUUCUCAGCUGCUCUGGGAAUGAGAACAACUGCAAUAUCUACUUCCCCAGAUAAGGAAUAGGAGGCUAGAUCUUAUGGAGCUGUUGAUUUCAUUGUUUCUUCAAACCCAGAAUCAAUGGCUAAGGCUGCAGGAAGAUUCGAUCUGAUAUUGGGUUGUGCCCAUGCUAGCACUGUCGACGAAUUCAUAGAUUAAACUAAGUUAUUAAAAAAUGGAGGAGACUUCGUCAUGGUUGGAAUCCCUGCACUCACUAAAGUUGAGUUAUAAUUGCCAUUCUAUUAAUUGGUAUGCCGAUAAAUUUCAUUUGUUGGAUCUUUGGUUGGUUCAAGACAAGAAAACUACGAGAUGAUCGAAUUUGCAAACAAGCAUAAGAUAUAUCCAACUUGUGAAGAAUUUGAAUUUGAGAACUUCAAAAAUGCAUAUGAUAAAUUAUUAAACGGAAGACCAAAAUAUAGAUGUGUUGUUAAAGUUGGCAAUGCAACUUAAACAUUAAAACAAUGA